AUGGAGAAUGUAUCAGCGGUGACGUCCUUCAUACUGACAGAAUACACAGAAAUGCAGAAUUUUAAAUAUAUGUACUUCACAGUAUUCUUCUUGCUUUACAUGCUGAUAUUAUGUUUAAACGUACUUCUUAUUUCUGCAAUUUACAGUGAGAAACGCCUACAUGAACCCAUGUACAUAUUAGUGUGUAACCUUGCAGUGAAUGAAAUGUAUGGGAGUACUAUAUUAUUCCCAUUGCUUCUUAGUCAGCUGCUGUCUCACACACAUGAAGUGUCUCUGGGACUCUGUCUGGCACAGAUUUAUUGUUUACACACAUACUGUGCUGUGGAGUUCUCUGUUUUAGCAGUUAUGAGCUAUGACAGGUUCAUUGCAAUUUGUCACCCGUUACACUACCACAUUGUCAUGUCCCCUCAAAAAUUGAUUGGUCUUAUUGCCUUGUCCUGGAUGUAUCCCUUUAUUGCUUUUGGUAUGUAUUUUAUACUCACAGCUAAGCUUACUUUCUGUAGCAGGAUCAUACCUAAAGUUUACUGUGCCAAUUUUGUAUUAGUUCGACUGUCAUGUUUUGAUACCUCAGUUCAUAGUAUUGUUGGCCUGAUUGCAGCUGUUUUGUUAAUUGGUCCUCAGCUCUUGAUGGUAAUGUUUUCCUAUGCACAAAUACUCAGAGUGUGUCUGCUUGCCUCCAAGGACUCUCGUGUGAAAGCUCUGCAAACGUGCACUCCUCAUUUAGUAGCUUUUGUCAAUUAUUGUAUAGGGUGCUUUUUUGAAAUUAUUCAAAGCAGGUUUAACAUGAGUAAUUUCCCUUAUGGGUCUCGUAUGUUCAUGUCCCUUUUCUUCUUGAUAUUUCCUCCUUUGCUAAACCCUACAAUAUAUGGAAUAAGUCUUCAGAACAUAAGAAUCCAAGUUAAGAAAGUCUUGGGUAAAUAA